AUGGUUGUUUCUACAUUGCAAAUUGUUGAAGAGGGUCGUAUGAAACGCCAUGAAAAGGAGUAUGCUCUAAUGGAAAUGCGUUUACAUAAUGAAGAAUUAAAUGUUAAAAAGCUCAUUAAAUUGGAGGAACAAAAAGUGAAUGUGCAGAUGAGUUUGGGAGGAGAUCACUAUAGCAGAAUGAACUCCAAUUCAACAGAAAAAAUGAAAAUUCUUCUUACUAUCGCAUCAAAUAUUAUUCAACUGGCACUACAAAUUCGGAAUGACAUUCAAAAUUCAGAAAGGAUACAAAAACAAUUUAAGAAACGUAAAUUAGAUUUAUCUGAAAUAAGACAACUGUCAAAUAUGAAAUCAGAUGACAUGGAAACAGUCCUUCAUGCUAUCACUACUGAGCUGGAAAGUGGGAUUGUCAAAGCCGAUUUAUCUGCUUCUCAGUGGGAAGGAAGGAUUCAGGGUCAGUGGAUUACAAAUUAUGCCAAGAGGGGUUGGAUUGAAAAUGCCCGCAAAUUGUUUGACCAAAUGCCUGAACGAGAUGUGAUCACAUGGACUACAAUGGUUUCCGGGUAUUCACAGAAUGGAAGAGUGGAUGAUCCACGCAAUCUGUUUGACAAAAUGCCUCAAUGGAAUGUGAUCUCCUGGACUGCAAUGUUAUCUGGCUACAAAGGAGGAAUAGAGAUUGCACGGAAGCUGUUUGAUGAAAUGCCUAAGCGAGAUAUUAUUUCUUGGACUUCGAUAGUUGUAGGAUAUGCUCAGAAUGGGAGAAUUGAUGACGCGCGCAAGCUUUUUGACAAAAUGCCGAUGAGGAAUGUGGUCUCAUGCAAUGCUAUGAUUGCAGGAUACGCCCAGCAUGGAAAAGUAGAUGUUGGUCGUCAGCUAUUUGAUAAAAUGCCAGAGCGAAAUCUGGAAUCCUGGAAUGCAAUGAUUGCAGGAUACAUACAGAAUAACAAAUUAUAUGAUGCUCGACAUUUGUUUGAUAUAAUGCCAGGGCAAAAUGUGGUUUCUUGGACUGCAAUGAUAACAGGGUAUGCGCAGAGUGAGGAAAGAGGGGAAGCCCUCAAGAUUUUUAGUGAAAAGCAGCGGAGUGGCACGAAGCCUAGCCGGGUCACUUUUGUUAACAUUCUUAGUGUAUGUGCCAGCCUAGCAGCUCUGGAACAGGGUAAACAACUGCAGGGAUACGCAACACAAAUGGGAUUGCAGCGGGAUGUCUUGGGCAGCCAUGGGCCGUCCCUUACUGUUCAUUAA